AUGGAAUCCAUCCCCCCAAAGACAAGUGUACCGGACGAAUGGAUUCAUCCGGCGCUGAGGCAGAUGUUGAUUCAGCGCGGCCACCCUCACAAUUCUUCCAGUCAGCGCAUCGCGGUUUUGGAGAAGCAACGCAGUGAAAUUGAUGAUGCACUUCGGGGCAUGUACCAGUCACUCGGGGAGAAGAAGAACACACUGCAGGAGAUGGAUUUGCGUCGACAGCGGAUGAUGGAGGAGAUCGAGUGGGGUGAGGGAAGAAUCUCGCUCCUCUCUAGUAUUUUGAAGCGUCUUGACGAACAAAUUGUUUUGCAGAAAACGUCGGGGACACAAGAGCUGCAUGACACGUCGAAUGCCGAAGAUCAUCAGAGCCCUCAAUGCCCUCUUAAUGUUGUCAGCAUCGUCACCAGGGGACAGCUGACACCGUGCUACAGAACCGAUGAGGCGACAAGACGUUGUUUUUUCUCCCGGUACGCGCCACUUUUCACCCUCAGUGACUCGCCGCCGAUGAUGGCACAGAGAGUGACAGAGCCAAACUUCUUUGAUGAGGCCUGCCUGAUGGAGACCGACACGGAUAGCUGCAAGAACCUGGCAUGCCCAUACUGGCACAAGGAUCAGUUAGCACGUGUGAAGCUUGGCGUCCGGCACCUCAUUUCCCGUUAUGUGCUGUUUACUAAAGGAAACAGCGCUAUAUGUGACGCUUCAGCCAUUUUCGAGAAUCUUAGUGCGCUCAUUGAUGCGGCUUCCAGUCUUGUGGACGCUGUGCGAAUACAGCGGGAUGCCGUCAAUUGUGUUGUAUCCCUCGGGUGGGAAAAAAUAUUUUUGCUGGAGGAUGAAGAGGGGGAAAAGGAAGAAGGAAGAAAACAGAUCGCCGGGUGGGAGACACCGCUGCUUCCGAGGUUGGACAAGUCGCUACAUCACGUGACUUCACUCCUGCGCGACCAGAGUGAAAGCGAUAUGUGGGCGCAUAUCAUGUGUGCGACCUCAGGACCUCUCGGUGGUGCGACGGAACUCUUCCAGAAGCACUCCGAGUCGUUAUCGUGGCGCUGCCUCAUGCGGGUCGCCGGUACCACGCCUGAUCGUUUGCUCUGGCUUGCGACCCAAGGUGUGGCUCUGUUCCCUACGUCCCCGUCCAUUCAGCUCAGCUACGUAUUGGCGCUUCUGAGGUCCGGCUGCGCGAUGUCUGAUUGUGUGGAUGCCUGCAUACGUGCGGCUCAAUCACUCUCUGCACAGGCGGCGACCUUAACGCUCUCUCAGCGUGAUGUUCAGUGGAGUGAAACAGCGGCACGGUACAACGCGUAUAUGAUCGCUGUAACGUGUAUCCAUGUUUCAGAAACGGACGCGAAUGCAGCCACAAAGCUCCUCAUAGCCGUAACUGAUGUUCCAGGCCGUUUCUGUCUCCUGCCGCUGGCACAACAGAACUUGAUGCUGAUGCUCGUUGCCCUGCAGCAGACGGGGCGGCUGGAGGGGGCCAGCUCCCUCCCACUGGCAUCUAUUUCCGAUGUUGCGUUUGUGCUCAGUGAGCACUUCCCGAGUCGCCCACUUGAGGUAUGCAGACAGCUUCUGACAAAGCAGUUAACCCUUCUUCCAAGGUGCAACGAUGCAGGCAUUGAUGUGGAACUCACGGAGUGGAUGCGUUCUGCUAUUCACCUCUCGCUGAUGCGUGCCUUUUCUGUCGAUGCGAAAUUGGUUGAUCAAGUUCUUGUAAAGUCGCCAAUGCACUCAGAAACAGGAUUAGUUGCGAUAUGGGACGAAUAUCUUCGCUUGCUGGGCCAGAGCGAUGGUGUGUUGUCUCUUCUCGCGUUGGUGUGGUCGUUACUGGAUUCCUGUCAGUCCCCAUUGCUGAUGGUUCAUUUCGUACAGUGCCUUGCGUUCCACGGAGAGGAUGUGGAGGCGGUAACAAAUGCUUUUAUUAAACAAUUUGUGGGGAUCCAUGGGCUUUCAAUAGAGAAUAUACACGAGAUGGCGACAUGUGAUGUGCCUGGCGUUCCUUCAAUGGAAUGGAUUCCUUUUCUUAUUCUGUAUUCCCGUCGUCUGUGCCCCCGGGCUCAACUCGGGUUUUUACUUGGUGUUCCGAUAUCCCUGUACUGUGAGGUGGUUGAACUGGUGCUGCUGCUCUGGCUUGAAGCACUCCGUGCAUCAAUGUUCUUGCAGGAAGACGAACCCUUCCAUCGCUGUGUGGCGCAUGGUCUUCUGCUGCUACGUGAGCCUUUCCUUCGCACCUUUAGCCCCAUCGAUUGCGACUUUGAUAACAUGAUAUCGUUCGCUCAUGUGGCGAGUCUCAUGGUGUACAGAGCUGUGCCUGUUAUGCUCGGCGCGGCGCACCAGCUCACAGCGCACUACCGCCAGAUUGUGUUGUGCGUCAGCGCAGAGCUUCACGUUGUGCACCCGUUCCUGUUGGAAGCAGAGUAG